UCCUCUCGCUGUCUGUACCAGCUGUACCUUUUUCCCACCCAGGGCCAACAUCCAUCAUCGUGCCUCACAAUUGAGAUACAUAUAGUCAAUCAAUCGAUGGAUACUCGGUUGCAGCGCUGUUAUUGCACUUCGCAUACAGUACCGCAACGCUGCAGCCUUGGGUCCUCUGAACCAACUGUACGUCGGUGUGCCACGGUGCUAGAAUCAAUCCAUCCCUUUGACCGACGUGAAUCAGUCAAUGCCAUGUGCUGCCAUGACUUUGAUGGUUACAUGGUUGUACUACCUGCCGAGUAUUCUGUCGUCGUCGUUGUCGUCGUGGUUGCUGUUGUUAUUAUCAUCACCAUGGCUAAGUUUGGCGCCCAGCUCUUCAUCAUGUCCGCCAUGUCCGUUGCCUGUGUCGUCCAGAGUCGUGCGGCAUUUUCAUGACUGGCUCGCUACCUCCCUCUCCUUCUCCCUCUCCCUCGCCCCCGAAGCGCCUCCUGUAUAUACAUACGAUAUACGAUACAUUGCCUUCGAGGUACCUGCCUACUCGCAGUCGAGAUGGAUCGAGGCCAUGGUGGUUGUCAACCCCAGCCUGUAGCCGUUCCGUGCCCAUGCACCCCGCUACACACAAAGCACGUCUUCCAUGCCCAGCAGCAGCACCCGCUUGCAGUCGGCUCACCCCCUCCCUCGACGCAUCCAUGUCCAACCACUAAUCCACCAGCCGUGCCUUGACACUCCUGGCUGACUUUCGAGCGCCAAACGCGACAGAAUUCCGACUCGUGGGGGUUCUUCAUCAUCACGCCGCCUGACUGCCUGCCUGCCUGCCUGCCUGCCUGCCUGCCUGCGACCUACUCGCUCAUCGUCAUCGCCAUCGACAUCGCCAUCGACAUGGCAUGCUGCGCUGUCCGGAAUGAGUGCAUGCCACGGUUACACAACCAUUCACGCGAAUUGGCCAAUAUCAAGCCGCCAUGCUCUUCUCACCGUCGAUUGAUUGUUAAUGCAUCCAUCGCCUGGCCUGCUGUGUAUUCGUGACCGCCGACAUCCACCCCACGGCCCUGCGGAAUCUGCAGUCUCCGACACACAUCCCCGCAACAAGCACACCAGCCAGAGUGCGGGCGGAAACCCAGUUUGCGCCCAGCCAGCCAGCGCUCUCGGGCUCACAGACCACGCCAACUUCCUCUUCCAUCUUUGUCGUCAUUGCCUGCAGCCCUCGAAGCGAACCCUCGAUGCAAUCCUUCGCACUUUGCUGUCUCUCCAAUUCCGCGACCCGCCGAGGUCCAUGGAUCCAUCACUCAUUCAUUCAUUCCUUCAUCACUUGAUGACAGACAGACCGACCGAAUUCACCGACUUGUCCCAUUGGACGACGUGCAGCCAGCCGCCAAUGCCAACAUACACAUGAUGCUGUUUCAACAAAGAACAAUCAAAACACUCCACCCCCGCGUGAAACUGAACAACGGCUUAUGAUAUGCCCGCUGACCUCGUGCAUGCUCUUCUGCCGUCAUCGCUACUGUCGCCUGCAUGUACGGUGAAGCGCCUCUUACAAACUAGUGCAACCGUACUUCUUCUGUGCCAUGCCGCGGCGAUCCUUGCCUGACUGGCCUCCAACUCAGUGUCAAAAUUUCAAAAAGACCCAGAGUCUAGAAAACUGCCACUACACUCGGCACACUCGAGGCGCCCCGUGAACCCUUCCAUCAAAACGCUUACUUGUGCCUGCCUGCGUACGUACCCUCUCCACAGUCUGAUCCAGCCUCCUGCAGUAGUGCGAGCUUCUUUACAAUACAGGCGGACAAGACAUGAAUAAUAGCGCCGUCUCCUUGCGCGCCCAACACAUAUUGAGCGACCCUGUGUGUGCGCGAGAGUGGCCCGUGCAACGGCCCCGAGAGUUGGAUCGUGGGGUGCUUGGCGGCAUCGUGGAGCACCGGUCAAAUUCUUUCGCUGUCAAGGGCCAAGAGCCUCAUUUCAAGCUGUGCACCGUUGCCAGUCCGUUUGUUCUUCUUUCCUUUUGGCGUUUCAUUCUUCACAUCUUGGUCCCAUGGCACCUCGCUCUGCAACAAAGCAUCUUGGCUCCUGCACUUUCAAAAACACUACCGUGCAACCAAUGCCACCAAGACCAUUGGCGGCUUGUCUUGUUUCUCCAUCACAUCCAUCUCUUCCCUUCGUCCCUCUCUCAACGUGUAACAAUAUAUGGGACCGCGCUGCGAUAAUCGCCAACAGCCUUCCUUGGCACAUGCGACGUUCCUCGCACCCU